GCAUCCACCCUAUCCAACGAUAUAUCGGUCAUUAAGCUAUCCGUACCUAUCGAGCUCAAUGAAUAUAUUCAACCCGCUCAGCUGCCUAUCAAACAGGAGUCGUACAAUGCUUACGACGGCGAGCAGGCGAUCGCUUCCGGCUGGGGCAAGAUCAGUGAUAGUAGGUGGUGUCAAUGGUGUCAACAGUUAAUAUGCUGGUACGGAGGUAUUUUGACUAGUAACGUAAUGUGUAUCAAGACCACUGGCGGCACUUCCACCUGUAACGGUGAUUCCGGUGGUCCUUUAGUCCUGGCGGAUAGCAGCAACACCUUGAUAGGUGCUACUUCGUUCGGCAUUGUUGUUGGCUGGCCAGGUGUGUUUGUGCGAAUCGCAUCUUAUUUAGAUUGGUUCGAGAAUAACAUUGGCGUGGUUAGUCAUGGUUAUUAA